AUGUGGGUGGCUUCAGCCAUCCUUGGUCUGGAUCGCUUCGAUGAUGUCUUCACAAGCAGUCUGGAUUGUACGGGAGUAAUAUGCAUGACCGCAACUAAGAAUGACGUGCACUCAAAGGAGCGAAAUCCCAAUCAUGAUCGAAAGCUUACCAUAUUUUUUCCUCGUUGUGUGGAAAGUGAGCGGUGGUGUUUUUGGGUCGGGGGAGGAAUCGCAGCUCAGCUAGACCACGCAUAUUUCCGCCAAGGGAGACGAAGGAGAAUAUUUGGAAUGAGCAUAUCUAACUCUCCAACUGCUGUAGUUCCGGCGGCGCAACAGGGUGUCACCAAAUCGACACGAGAGAGAGAGAGAGAGAGAGAGAGAGAGAGAGAGAGAGCGUGUGUGUGUGUGUGUGUGUGUGUGUGUGAGAGAGAGAGACAGAAUACUCCGUAUUGGAGUGUGCUUCUUCCAGCUCUCGGAGCGAGCGAUUUGAACUUGUCUUUUCGGGAAAUUGACGGCAGAUCCCACAGACGUAAGCAGCCCACUCGUGGCCACUUGGGGCUCUGCGUCUGGGGAAUUGAUGGUCUCCUACAUUACCUUCCGACUCCUCACAAAGGCACCCGUAUGUCAUCUGUUCUUGGUGGCCACUCGGAGGCUAAGCGGUAUGGCUCGCAGGAGCGAUACAGAUCAGACGAAUCUUCUAUCGAUCAGUGUGCUAAACUCGAGUGGACCCCGGCACGGAACGUACUUUGCUGCUGCUGGCGAUGGGGAGUGUGUCCAGGUGGAUCCUCCGUGGCCUUCGGAGGAAAUAUCCUGAAGAAGACUUAA